ACGAAGAAAAAAAAAAAACGCGUCUGGUAUCAACACAUCGGCUUGAACCAGCAUAUUCUCAUAUUCGUCUUUUUUAAUCUGCUCAAAAUUUUUAUUUCCUCAACGUCAGAAAGAGAACCAGCAAACAUGUUCUACACCUGUGGUCCUAACGAGGCUAUGGUGGUGUCAGGCUUCUGUCGUUCUCCUCCUCUGAUGAUCGCUGGAGGCCGCGUGUUCGUCAUCCCCUGCAUUCAGCAGAUUCAGAGGAUCUCUCUGAACACUCUGACUCUGAAUGUGAAGAGCGAUAAGGUCUACACCCGUCAUGGAGUUCCCGUCUCUGUUACUGGGAUCGCUCAGAUGAAGAUCCAGGGUCAGAACAAACAGAUGCUGGCCGCAGCCUGCCAGAUGUUUAUGGGCAAGUCGGAGGCUGAAAUCGCUCGGAUCGCUUUGGAGACUCUGGAGGGCCACCAGCGGGCCAUCAUCGCCCACCUGACUGUCGAGGAAAUCUACAAGGACAGGAAGAAGUUCUCGGAGCAGGUUUUCAAGGUGGCGUCGUCUGACCUGGUCAACAUGGGGAUCAGCGUGGUCAGCUACACUCUCAAAGAUGUUCACGAUGAUCAGGACUAUCUGCACUCUCUGGGAAAAGGUCGAACCGCUCAGGUGCAGAAGGAUGCUCGGAUCGGAGAGGCCAAGAACAAGAGGGAUGCUGUGAUCAGGGAGGCUCACGCGAUGCAGGAGAAAAUCUCGGCUCAGUACAGGAAUGAGAUCGACAUGGCGAAGGCCCAGAGAGACUACGAGCUGAAAAAGGCAGCGUAUGAUAUUGAAGUGAACACCAAAAAGGCUGAGUCUGAGAUGGCCUACCAGCUCCAGGUGGCGAAGACAAAGCAGCGUAUUGAGGAGGAGAAGAUGCAGGUCCAGGUGGUGGAGCGGUCGCAGCAGAUCUUGCUGCAGGAGCAGGAGAUCACUCGCAGGGAGAAGGAGCUGGAGGCCAAAGUGAAGAAGCCGGCGGAGGCUGAGCGGUACCGCCUGGAGAAACUGGCGGAGGCCGAGCGUAUAAAGAUGAUCAUGGAGGCUGAAGCUGAAGCUGAGGCCAUCAGGAUUAAAGGUGAGGCAGAGGCCUUUGCUGUCGAGGCCAAAGGUCGCGCUGAAGCGGAGCAGAUGUCGAAGAAGGCCGAGGCCUUCCAGGAGUACAAGGAUGGAGCCAUGGUGGACAUGCUGCUGGAAAAACUGCCUCUGAUGGCAGAGGAGAUCAGCAAGCCUCUGUGCAAAGCCAAAAAAGUCACCAUGGUGUCGAGUGGAGGAGGAGCUGUGGGAGCAGCCAAACUGUCAGGGGAGGUUCUGGACAUCAUGACCCGCCUCCCCGACGCCGUGGAGAAGCUGACCGGAGUCAACAUCUCUCAGGUGUCUUCUCGUACCGGCUGAAGAGAAGGAGCCAAACAGGAACCACGUAGGCAGAUUUGAUGUCCCUCUCAGCUGCCUGGAUUCCCUACAUACAGACCCUUUCCAAAAAAUUAGAAUAUC